AUGCCUCUCGCUCCGAGCGCCGGCUCUUGCGUCGCCACAGAGGGCGCGGCAAUGAAGGCGGAUUCUCGGUCCAAGGCGGCGAAGGGUGGCAGCAAAGCUGGAGGAAAGUCGGCAAAGAAGCACGAGAAGGCACGCCGACGACAGAAACGGGAAGAACAGCGCGCAGCGGCAGCAGCAGUCGAACAGUGCGUUCGAACAGCAAACGGGCUUGCCAGUUUUUUUGCACUGGCAACCCCCAACCGCCGAUUCAAGGGUUCUGCUCCUGCUCAAAAGGACGCGUCAACAGAGAAGCAGCAGGGUCAGAGACAAGAUUUCGCGAUAUAUGAUUGCCGUGCGACCUCGCUGCUCGAUUUGAACAAGCCUCUGAGCGAUGAGAUCUUCAAUUUGACGAGAGCCAACAUGAAGAAUCUCUACGACCAAGUCCAUUUCAUGGAACAAGGUUGGGAUGACGACUCCAAGAGACGAGAGCUUAACCACGAGGACGCCCGCCUCCUGGUGGUUCUGGUUGAAGAAGCGGAUAACACAGCUCUUCCCCCUGUCUCACGAGAGACCGAAGACAGCGCCGCGCUCCAGGAUGUCCCCGGAGAACGUCUCGCAGGAUUCCUCCACUACCGCUUCGAAGUUGAAGAAGGGCAGGCUGUUGUUUACAUUUACGAGCUGCAAGUCAAGCCCGCCUUCCAGCGGAUGGCCGUGGGGCGGCGACUGAUGCUGUUGGUGGAGCUCGCGGCGCGGGCGUUUAACAGGACGCUCAGUCCGGACAGAAAGCUGGAGAAACUGAUGUGCACAGUGAUUAAAGAGAACGAAGGCGCUGUCCGUUUCUACAAGCGCGUCUGCGGCUUCGUCACCGACGAGAGCGACCCCUCGAACUUUGUGAACGAGAGGCUCAACGAACAGCUCCUCCACAAGCUCCAGGCGAGCGCCAAGGGCGGGAACGCCGCGGCGAAAAUGCUGGAACACGCGCAGGAGGAAGAGGAGGAAGACGAAGAAUGCGAAUACGAAAUCCUGAAGAAGAAUAUCUAG